AUCGUUGUUUACUUUAAGAUAUACAAUAUAUAAUAAAAUGAAAAUCCGGAGCAAUCCGCUGCCCCGGCGGCUGGCAGAUGUCUUGUGCUUCCUGCUAAUCGGCGUCUUUCUGCCGAUUGUGUUCAUGUUCGAGAUUAUUGUGGUGCUGCCGGCAUUCCACGAGCCGGGCGGCUUCUUCCACACCUUCACCUUCCUCAUGGCCAUGUUUCUGGUGUUCAACAUCAAGGGGAACAUGAUCGCAUGCAUGAUGAUCGACACCAGCGUGAACGUCAAGCAAGUGGAGUCGCCGCCGGAGCAGUCGGCGGAACGCCUUGAGUGGCGCGAGUGCACAGAGUGCAAUCGGCUGGCCCCGCCCAGAUCGUGGCACUGCAAGAUAUGCGGCGCUUGCAUACUGAAGCGGGAUCACCACUGCCUCUACACGGGCUGUUGCAUCGGCCACCGGAACCAUCGCUUCUUUAUGGGCUUCAUUUUCUAUUUGUUUGUGGGCUCUGUGUACGCCCUGGUCUACAACUCGAUCUACAUGUGGAUAAUCCAUAGCAGCAUAUACUGCAAUUGGCUGACAGUCCUCAAGCUGACCUGCCCCAUGUUGCUGCUGGUGACCGGCGGCUUCUGGACCAACAUCUACCUGCUCUUCUACAGCCUCAAUGUGCUGGCCUUGGCGUACGGCAUCCUCCUGUUGGGCUAUCAUGUGCCGAUUGUGCUCCGUGGCGGAGUUUCCGCCGACCGCACGAAGCAGCGAAAGCUCAAAUACAAACGAGGAGUCAGGCAGAACCUAAGAAGUGUCUUUGGAGUGCGCAUGCACAUAGCCUGGCUAUCGCCACUCAUUCGCAGUGAUCUACCCGACGAUGGCUACCAUUGGAGGGCCUCUACCUCUACCAAGGAGAGCGAAGACUGAUCUGUGUUUGAGCUAGGUUAAGAUAGAUGUAUUUUUGAGGCCUGCCGACUGGGCAGUCCGUAGAUGAGUACCGUGACUAUUACUGGACUUUCCUCGGGCUGGAUGCCGGUAAAUUGCAGUAUGGUGUAGUUGCAGCCGAUUCCGCCCGUGAGUAUGGUUGCCACCACCACCCGUUCCACUUGACUCUCGUCCAAGACCAAAAUCAGGUUAAUAUUGGAAAUCAAUUUAUCCUGCAUAUAAAUAAAUAAUUAGUUCAUAUUUACAUCGAUACAAA